UUGCAAAUCAGAGCCUUCCCCCGAACAUUUGGUGAAACUCAACUUUGGAGCAGACCAGAGCAGCAGCCACACAUCAAUAGCAGCAGAGGAGAAGCAGUCGCGGACAGUUUCCAGUUCCAGUUGGUGCCCCACAAAAAUGGAUAGCAAGGGACGCAAUGUGAUUGUCUGUGAUAACGGCACAGGGUUUGUGAAGUGCGGCUAUGCCGGCAGCAAUUUCCCCGCCUACAUUUUCCCCUCGAUGGUGGGGCGACCCAUUAUCCGGGCGGUGAACAAAAUUGGUGACAUCGAAGUGAAGGAUUUACAUGUCGAUGAUCUUAUGGUCGGCGAUGAGGCCUCCCAGCUGCGAUCACUACUGGAGGUCUCCUAUCCGAUGGAGAACGGCGUGGUGCGUAACUGGGACGACAUGUGUCAUGUGUGGGACUACACGUUCGGCCCCAAGAAGAUGGACAUUGAUCCGACAAACACAAAGAUACUGCUGACAGAGCCACCCAUGAAUCCCACAAAGAAUCGAGAGAAAAUGAUUGAGGUGAUGUUCGAGAAGUACGGCUUCGAUUCUACAUACAUUGCCAUUCAGGCUGUGCUUACGCUAUACGCCCAGGGUCUGAUAUCGGGCGUUGUUGUAGAUUCCGGUGAUGGGGUGACGCAUAUUUGUCCCGUCUACGAGGAGUUCGCCCUGCCACAUUUGACACGCAGAUUGGAUAUUGCUGGACGUGAUAUCACCCGCUAUCUGAUUAAGUUACUUUUACUGCGUGGAUACGCCUUCAAUCAUUCCGCUGACUUCGAAACGGUCCGAAUCAUGAAAGAGAAACUCUGCUACAUUGGGUAUGACAUCGAGAUGGAGCAGCGUCUGGCCCUGGAGACGACGGUGCUGGUUGAGUCCUAUACGUUACCCGAUGGCCGUGUGAUCAAGGUGGGCGGUGAACGAUUCGAGGCACCCGAAGCACUAUUCCAACCGCAUUUAAUCAAUGUCGAGGGCGCUGGCAUUGCGGAGCUGGUCUUCAAUACGAUCCAAGCGGCGGACAUCGACAUACGGCCAGAGCUCUACAAGCAUAUUGUCUUGUCUGGCGGCUCCACCAUGUAUCCGGGUCUGCCCAGUCGAUUGGAGCGCGAGAUCAAGCAAUUGUAUCUGGAGCGAGUGCUGAAGAACGAUACGGAAAAGUUGGCGAAAUUUAAAAUACGCAUUGAGGAUCCACCGAGGCGAAAGGAUAUGGUCUUCAUUGGCGGUGCCGUCCUGGCGGAGGUGACAAAGGAUCGGGACGGCUUCUGGAUGUCCAAGCAAGAGUAUCAGGAGCAGGGACUCAAAGUAUUGCAAAAACUGCAAAAGAUCAGCAACUAGGAGCAGGAUUUUGAUUCAGAUUGAGAUUGAUAGAUGACAAGGAUGAACAAGUGUUUUAGCAAUUAGUUUUGGCAUUCGGCUCUGUCUACCAAUGUAAACCAAUUCGAUUGGCAAUGCCCGAUGCCUGAUGCCUGAUGCGAAACGUGUGUGAAUGUGCUUUUUUUCCACCUGUGUUUGAUUGAAUGUUUCCUGUUCCCAACUCACUCGGUAAUUCAUUCUCAGAUGAUGCUGUGCCCACUGCCGAUAUCUUUGUGUCAAUUUGAAAUAUAUGUUUAACGAUUAUCUGAUUAUCUGAUUAUGAUUACGAUUACGAUAAUGUGAUUCAAUGAUUAACCCACAACGCCUCGUUCUCUAUUUGUUCCACAAUGUUGUAUUCUCCAUCCAUCAUCCCAUGGCAUAAAUGUAUUGAUAUAUUUUUUAAA